CCAACGCAAACCAUGCGACCAGAACUUUGAACAUCACAACACAGUGACGCCGUGUUGUCCUUUCUCACUCCAGCCAUCAACCCAGUCAACCCAGCUCAAUUCAUGCUACAACCCUGACAUCACAAUGGCCGAAACACCAACCCCGAACCCCGAACUCUACGGAAUCGUAGAUAUGGGAAGCAACGGCAUCCGCUUCUCGAUCACAGACCUCUCCCCGCCAACCGCGCGAAUCAUGCCCAUCAUCUACCAAGACCGAGCGGGCAUCUCACUGUACGACGCGCAAUUCUCCGGGGAGGAGCGGGGCCCGAUCCCGCCCGCAAUCAUUGAGCAAGUCGUCGACCGCCUCGUGCACUUCCGCGCGACAUGCAACGACUUCUGCGUGCCAGACGCCAAUACCUACGUGCUAGCCACCGAGGCGACGCGGACGGCGCCAAAUUCAGAGGCGUUCCGGGCGCGGAUCCGCGCCGCCACGGGCUGGGACGUCCGGUUGCUGUCGAAGGAGGACGAGGGCCGGAUCGGGGCGCUCGGCAUCGCCAGCAGCGCCGCCAGCGUGGCGGGCAUCGCGAUGGAUUUGGGCGGCGGGAGCACGCAGAUUACCUGGGUCUUGGAGGAGGAUGGGGUGGUGACCACCAGUCCCAAGGGGUCGUUCAGUUUUCCCUACGGGGCGGCGGCGUUGUCGCGGUUGUUGGCGGAGGCACAGGGGCGUAAUGGUGGUGUGCAGGCGCUCAAGGAGGAGAUGGUUGGCCAGUUUCGGGAAGCGUAUAACCAGCUCGGGGUACCCGAAUCGUUAUCCCACCGCGGCAGCAGCAGCAGCAGCAGCAGCACGGGGUUUAAUCUGUAUCUCUGUGGCGGCGGGUUCCGCGGCUGGGGAUACGUGCUGAUGAAGGCGGCGGCGUUGAAAAGCGAAGAGCCGUACCCGAUCCCCAUCAUCAACGGGUUCCGGGUGCGCCGGGCGGAUUUCGACGACACCGUCUCGGUGCUGGAUCUGGUUGGCAACCCCGAUGCCGACGGAAAUGCAGACGCAAGCCGCAUCUACGGCGUCUCCAAGCGGCGGGCCUCGCAGAUUCCCGCCGUCGCCGUCCUGGUCGAUGUCAUCAUGGCCGCGCUGCCGGACAUCUCGCACAUCCAGUUCUGCCAGGGCGGCGUCCGCGAGGGCUUCCUGUACGACCGUCUGCCGACGGAGGUCCGCGCCCUUGAUCCCCUGCUGGCCGCGACGCGCCCGUAUGCUCCGCCCUCGGCGCAAGUGAUUGCGUCCUUGCUGCAGGCGGCACUACCGGCCACGCCGUCGCCUAUCGCCGCGUUCUGUGCGCCCCCGUCCUUCUCGCGAAACUUGCUGGCCGCGCUGGCGAACCUGUUAUAUGUGCAUGCCAAGGUGCCCCGCGAGUCGCGGGCGGCCGCCGCGCUGCAUAGCACCUCGACGGGGAUUCUGGCUGCUACGAACUGUCUGUCGCAUGUCGAGCGGGCGCUGAUCGCGCUGGUGCUCUGUGAGCGCUGGGAGGGAGACCUCGCCCCCACGGAUGAGGUGUUCUAUCGGCAGUUGCGCCGGUGUGUGUCGAAGGAUGAGGCCUGGUGGUGUCGGUACUUGGGAGGCGUGGCCGCCAUCAUCGGCGAUGUGUAUCCUGCGGGACGGGAGCCGGAGGCCCAGUGGAGGGUUCGGUUUGAGACGGAGUGGAGCUCGGUCGAGAAAAAGAAGGGGGAUCGCGAUGUAUUGCGUUUGAAAGUGAGGCGCGGGGAUGCUGCUACGUCCGUGCUACAGGAAAUACUGAAGGGUCGGGCGGAGGAUUUAGAAAAGGUGGGCAAGAAGAAGAACUGGGUCCACGAUCAUGGAGUGAAGGUCAAGGUGGAUAUGUUGUCUAGUGUGUAGGGGGCAACGCUUCCUGGGACUUAACCUGCACAGUUGCAAUCUACCUAGUAACCCGAAGAUACUUGCUACGAAGACGUGAUAAGCAUCCAU